AUGAACGUAAAUGUUAUAGAUGCCACAGCUGAGGCUCUUCCACUGGAGCUUCUUAAUGCCACGAACAAGGAAUUGACGGCGCAGCUCUCACGUCAUGAGCAGAUGUGUGAAGAAAAGAUGCGUGAGGUGGAUGACCAGCGGCGUCGACUUCAAUUUGUGAAGGAGCACCUUGGAAAUGUGCGUGGUGAGAUUGUGAAUACGCAGAGUCUGGUGGAGAGCAAGCGACGUGCGGUGGAGUCUGAGACACAUAUGUAUCGUCUUCUUGAUCGUGAGUGUGGUCGACUGCGUCAGACCCAGUCACAUAUGGCGGCGCAGCAGGCGGAACUGCAAGAGCAGCUACAAGCGGUGCAGAACCGUGUGUUUCAAGAAAAUCUUCGCAUGGCGGAACUUAAGAAUGCAAUGCAGUUCAACCAGCAGGAGCUUGAGGAGUGGGAUAUUGCCCGCAAGCAGAAGGAGGCGGACGAGGAGGCUGUGGCACGAUAUGCGAAGAAUGACGAAGCGCGUGUGCGGCAGCUGACAACAUCUGUAGAACGUCUUGAGGCGCGUUUGCGUGAGCGGCGAGGGGAGUUAGAGGAGGCGGUGAUGUCUACACGCCACGCACAGGCGGAGCUCGACCGCGCGGCUGCGGAGUACCGCCGACUGCACAGCGACCGCGGCUCGCUGCUGGGCGAGUGGGAGGCGGCCGUGCGGGGCAUUCGCGAGCGGGACGAAGCGAUCCGCGCGGCCGCUGGUCGCUACGCGUCGGGGGCUUCGUGGCUUGAGGAGCGGCGGGCGGUGCGGCUGGCGCUGGAGGACGACUUGGAGGCGGCGCGGGCGGACGGCGCGGCGGUGCAGGCGGCCAUUCGCGAGCGGGAGGGGCGCGCGGAGAAGAGCCGCGGUGUGCGAGCCGCACUCGACGCACACGUCACAGCACUAGAGGAGGAGGUGGAGGCGAUGCGGGAACAACUCGCACGCGCUGUGCGGGAGCGCAAUGACGCACGCAUUCGUCUCCAGGAUACCCGAGAUGGGGUGAAUAAAAAGAACAAGCAGUAUGAACGUAUUGUGGCACAACGUGCAGACACCAAAGAGCAGGUGCAAAGCGCAGGUGAGAAGACAAGUGACCUUGAGCAGCAACGCGCUACUAUUGCACGACUACUGCAGGAGGCACGGGCUACGGACAGACGCCUUGAAAGAGAGGUGGAUGAUCUGAAACGCGAACAAUUUGCUGUUGGCGAACGUCUGCACGCUGCAUACCAGCAGCAGGACACACUUAUCGCAGAGAUCAGCGGUGGACAGGCGCAAGGUCGUAACCUCAAGGCAAAAAUCAACCAACUUGAUCGUGAGUCCUUCACACAGCAAGAGGUGCUUUACGGAGUUGAGUUUAAUGUACAACAGAUGCAGCGCAAGGUGAAUCGUGCCAAGGGAGAACGAACGGAGGAGGAGCGGAACAAGUUAAAUGAAAAGAUUGCAGCACUUCAGAGUAGUCUGGAUGAGCUAGCGAAGCAGCAGCGGGCGUUGGAGACGCAGGUGAAACGUGUGCGGGAAGAGACACGGCAGGCAAACAUUGAGGUUGAGAAACUUAGCGCUCAGGAGAGGAGUGCUGGGGAAAAAACUCUUCAACUGCGUCUUGGAUGUGACAGCUGUGCGACAGAGUUAAGUAAACUACGCAAGUUGCGCGAGGACGAACUGGUGAAGGUUGAUACACAGGAGUUGCAGUUACAGGGAUUGAGACGUACGUUGCACCAACGUAGCGGAGAGUUGGGCAACCUGGAGCAGCAAAAGCAGCAACUCUCUAUGGAUGUCGCUGAGCGGCUAGCCGAAAUUAGUGUACACCACGAGGUGCUCCGCAUGGAUGCAAAGCUUGUUGAGGACGAGCGACGACGGCUUGUUGCAGAGCUUCAGCAACGCCAGAAGAACCUCACUGCGCUGCGUAACCGCUACGACGUUCGUGUGGGUCGCAUGGACCCUCAGCAGGCACUUUGGUCGCAGGCCCAACUUGUUAUUGAGGCGGCGAAAGAACGAGAAACACUACAACUCAAGGGAGAUGCACUUGACGCACGUGUAGCACGGCUUGAGCGAGAACUGGUUAAAUUGGAGCGCACACUGCAGAUUAUACGUGCGAGUAACUCGAACUAUCGUCACAUGUUUGACCGCGUACAAGAGGACCACGAAGAAGCCAAGACGAAGCGUGCACUGCAGGCUAAGCAACGUGAAUUAAAAGCCAUCAUCAGUCGUCGUACACUAGAGACAAAUGACUAUCAACAGCUCCUUUACGGUAAAACGCACGAGCUACAAGAGGUGCAAGCACAGAAAGAACGAGCAUUAAAUACUGUGGAGGAUCUCCGUCAGGCGUGCGGACAGGUGCACGAGUCCAUCCUUCAAGGAAGAGAGGCGCUUAUACGCUACGAUCAGGCUAUUCAGAAGGCUCGCUCCACCGUUAUUCCAGAUGUUGCGGCGGAUGUUGAACUGCUGGAAAAACGUCAGCAUCAGGAGGCGUUAGUGGGCCGUGUGUUGCAGUUGGCUCAGCGACACAGUGAAACUGCAGCGGACACUGCGCGUGCACUUAUGAUAGAGCGUCAUGUUCUUGCGUAG